GCAACAACAAUAAUAUUGAUAACAAUAAUACAGAAAAUAAAACUUUGGCCCUGUCGCUGCCCACAUCGCCGGGUCUUAGCGUAGGCUCAGCCACAUCUGCCACCAGUAUAUCGCGCCGCACGGAUGCCGACUCGGAGGAUGCCCCGCCCAAGACCAAGACGAAGUUUACCCGGCCGCGCAUGAAUCAGCUGACAGAGCAGCGCAUCAAUCGCUUACGCUCCUCUGCAGCAGAUGGGAUCAAUUUAUCGGUGGUGAGAUCGCAUUCGGAAGCGCCCGCAUCGCACGCCAAAAGGAAAGGUGAUCAAACAUCCAGUCAAACAUCGAUUUGUGUGCGCAUGCAGGAAGAUGGAGUUGAGCCAUUGCCGUGUCCACAGGCCCUGGAGACGCUCCAGAGGGGACUGGAAGACAUGCAGUCCGAGUUUAUGAGAAAGGCGGCAGACUUUCGUGGAAAAGGCCAUGGCUAUACCUACAAGCUGGUUGCCAUUGUGCACAACGACAAUUGCAAGGUGCUCGUGCACCGGGAUGACUUGCUGGCCAUGCCCAAAAAUCUGCCUGCCCAUUCGCUGAAUGAUUUCAGAAACCUGUGCCAUAAUACACUCAAGGAGGGCGUCUGGUUCAUUUUCGAGCAGAUCGCAUCGGUGCAGUCGGAGGAAAACAGCCUGCUGACAGUGCGCCAAGAAGAACUACGCCGUCAGCUGGAUGGGCAUCUGAACAACAAGCUGGCUCUCGUCGACAAUGAGCUGAUGGAAUUGUGUAAGGCUGCUGGCAGCGACGAAUCGGCAAAGCUAAGGGCUCAGAUAUACGAGCUAACUGAAGUGAACAAUGAGCUGGUGUCGGCCAAUUCGAAACUGGAGAUGGAUGUGGUGGACAUACGCAGGCAGCGAGACGAGCUCAAAACAUCGCUUGAGAUAUCCCAGAAGCGUAGCGACGAUCUCGCUUUAGAUCUGGCCAAUAAGAAUAUUUUGCUGGUGGAGAAAGCAGGUGCUCUGGAGGACGUGAUGGCCGAAGUUAAAAAUCUAAAGAAAACCAAUAAGAUAUUGCAGCAGCGCCAAAGAGAGAGCGACAACAACAUAGACUGCAUUCGGCUAUCGAAAGAGAAGCUCUUGUCCCGCAUUGAGGAUUUGGAGAAGCAAGUGCUGGAGGCGCAGAGCGAAUGCUUGAUACUCCAAAAGAAAGUGGAUGAGCUGAUGGAAGAUCUGGCCGAGAAGGAAACCAUCAUGGCCGAGCAGAGGGCACAGCUGCAGGACCAAGAGCUCACCAAGACGCUGCGGUCGGAGUCGAGUAACGAACCCGACCCGGAUAUGGAACAGUUAUGUGAUCUACAGGCAGAGCUGGAGCGUCAACAGAUGCGUCUGGCCGAGCAGGAGCAGACGGAGCAAGCGCUGCGCAUGGAAUUGGAGCAGAAACAGGAUGAGCUAAACAAGGCAGAGCUCAAAGUCAGCCGGCUAGAGGAGCAGAACGAACACCAUCGCCAGGUGCUGGCCGUGCGCGGUGAGCGCAUCAACUAUCUGGAUCAGGAAAUGAAGCAACGUGAACUGGAGAGCAAUCGCAAAUUAAAUGAAAUUAUGGCUCAAACCAGUGAUAAAAAUACGCUCAUUACACAGAUGACCAACGAGCUGGCAGCAACAAAUGAGCAAUUCCAAAAUCUCUGCUCCAAGCUGACCGCCAAGCAGACAAAGCUACGUAGCCAGGAGCACGUCAUCAAGCUGCUGGAGGAGAGCAAUGAGCGCAGCGUCAAGCUUCACACGAAGCUGGGCGAGAAGAAUGCCAUGCUUAAGGACGAGCUCGAUCACUUGCGGCGCACUGUAAAUAACCUAAUGUUAGCCAACGAUGUAAACGCUGCUCCAGAUGUUCCAGAACUUGUACUGGAAUAAACCCAAAUAGGACAAAUGUAUUUAGCAAAAUUAAAAAAGUAUUAAAUGUAAUGUUUUUAUCAAAAUUAUAAUUGGCAACAAUGGGCGGAAUAUAUUUGAGCCAGUGCCGGCCCAUGAAGUGUUAAGACUGCAGCUGCCAUA